UAUGUCAACGAGCACUUCAAUGUCAACUUUUACAGUUACAAAAUGUCCAGCUGUGUAUAGUAUUCUCAGUUCGCAUCCAGCAAUGGUUUCGUAAAAUUGUAAACACACCGCAAAAGCAUAAAGUAUGUGAUCGUCGCAAGUUUUAUUCUAUAACAAUAAAAUGGCAGAACCACAGAUACCGCGGUGGGCUAACUUCAUCUUGGGAGGAUUGAGUGGCAUGAUGGCCGCGAGCGUUGUACAUCCCGCUGACCUGGUAAAAACGCGCAUGCAACUGCUGGGGCCCAGGGUGAAGCUGUCUACGGCGACUGUGGUGAAAAGGAUCGUGAAGAAGGAGGGCUUCAUCGGCUUCUACAGCGGCCUGUCCGCCUCGCUCGUUCGGCAGGCCACCUACACCGCCGGCAGGAUGGGCUGCUUCUAUUCCCUUCUAGACUUAUAUAAAGGUCAGUAUGGCACCCCGAACUUCGUUGCCAAACUGGGGCUGGCAUCGAUGGCGGGCAGCGUGGGCGCCGUAAUAGGCAACCCGGCGGAGAUCGCUCUCAUCCGGAUGACGGCCGACGGCCAAAUGCCGCCGGAGAAGAGAAGGAAUUACAAGAACGUCAUCGAUGCUCUCUUCAGGAUUGUGCGCGAGGAGGGUCUGAUGGCGCUCUUCCGAGGGGUCGAAUCCACCGUCACCCGGUCAGCCAUCGUCAACGCCGCGCAGCUCGGCGGGUACGCACAGGCCCGUGAGAUGCUACUGCCGAUGAUGGGCGAAGGUAUCGGACUGCACUUCGCGUCUGCCAUGGUCUCAGGCUUAAUCACCACUUUCGUCUAUCUGCCCGUUGACAUCGUCAAGACCAGGGUACAAAACGCAUCAGAGCCCACAAGUCAGGUAAAAGAACUUUUCCAAAUCAUCAAGAACGAAGGUCCUCUCAAGUUGUGGUCGGGGUUCGUGCCGACGUACACGAAGUUGGGACCGCAGACUAUACUCCUUUUCUUAUUCCUCGAGCAGCUCGUUGGACUUUACACGAAAUUUAAUCGACCCCCGCCACCUCCUAGCAAAGGGAAAAAGCAGUAAUGUAUAGUUUGUCUAAUUAACGUUGAUUAGUUUGAUGGAUCACGCAUAUAAAUUUAUAUGAAGGUAUACGUACUCAAAAGACGAGUAUCAUAGUGACGACCAUUAACGCAUAGCGAACAACUAUGGACUAUCGAUACUCGGUUUAAUAAAUAAGUAUUUUAUAAUUCAAAUAUGAGGCAGUUUCAGUAGUGAAUUUCGAUGACAAUAAUGUUAACGAAAUCCACUAAAAUUAUGCACGACCGUGUUAAAUAAAUAGUAAUAAAUAUCUAUUACUUUCAUUCUUUGUGUCUGUCUGUUUUUCUAAUUAUUGAUUUGAGUUUGCACAAACGAAUGAAAAAACAGUUUUUACUACUAUAAAUGUAAAAAUGUGAAAUCGAGGAUUCUGACCUGAUUUAAAACCCAUCACUAUUAAAUUGUCAAACUAAUCAUCAUUAUUUAGACAUACUAUAGUGUGUAUUUUUUAAAUAAAUAAAUAGAACUUUUAGUGCCACAAAAACAAGCUAGAAAUGAAAUCUUACAUACAUCAACAUUAAAGCUAGUAAAAAAAGAAAAUGUGACAAAAGGCGGCAUUUUGUGGGUCUAAUGCCCAUAUUGUCAAAAACUACAAGAAUGCUGUAAUUACAAUGAAGAUAGUGUAAGUUCCAGUUUAGUUGAGAUUUGUAAAUGCACAAAAGCAAACUAGAAAUUAAUAAAUACGAUAAUAAUAAAAAUAAAGUUGACGUCUUUGAA